AUGGAUUACAAUGAUUAAAGCGUUGGGGUAUGCUAUUGUUGCAUGUUCUUUACUUACAAACAUUAUAUUUAUUUAAUGAUGACUACCAAUGCCAUUUAAGGGUUAGUUUUAAUAGCAAUAGGGAUUUUUGGACUUUUAGAAUAAUUUGAAUUACUUGUAUUUUAGAGACCAAUAGCCUUGAGUCUAUUAAAGUUAGGUAGUUUGGUUGUAUUUGGACUUAUAUUAUAAUUCAUAUUCUUUAUCAGGCAUUCAGUAUAUUAUAUUGGGAAAAUAAUGGUAAUAGUAAAUGUUUUGACCUCUUUAUUUGAUUUAAGUUCAGGAAUAAUAUUGCUUUUGUCUUGUUUCAUAGAAUUAACUUUCAUAGAAUUCAAUGAAACACAGCAAUCUUUUAGCUCGACAAAAAGAACAAUUUUGUUAUUAAUCUCUAUAAUUAUAAUUGUUAUAUCUUUAUAUGGAUUCUGGAUGACAUAUCUUCAAUACUAAACAAUUGAGCCAUUAUAGGAGCAACUGGAAAAAGAAACCAGAGUUGUGCCAGUAAUAUCAUUACGCCAAGCUGUGGCUAAGAAAUUCUCAAAGAAUUUCAUUGGGGAUCUUACUCCUAAUAAUGGGAAAAUGAAUCGACAAACCAGAGGAGAUUCAUCAUCAGAAUAGUCUUAACCAUUUUAAAGAAUAUAAUCAAAACAAUAAAAUUAAGAAGAAUUAAACGAGCCUUCUUCAAAUCAACGAAGUGAGAAACUCAUUAAAGUACCUGAAAAUAUGACACCAUACAAUGAUUAUUACACUACUUCAAACAACACUAUAAGACUUCCUUAAUAAACAGAUGAUAUACAGACAUUAAGAAAAUCAAGGACUCCAAAAUCUAAUUAUGGUAAAUAAUAAUAACAAGGUUGA